AGGUUUUGUUUUUCAUUUUCCAGUUAAAGUUUCGUUUCUGACUGACAGCUGAGCAGAACAAUAACAGAUCAGUUUCUGGUCCUGGAGACUCCAGAGUCCCUCAGAGUCCAGGAGCAGCAGCAUGUUCUCCUGGGGACAGGACAGCCAGCGCGGCUUCGUGCUGAAAGGCGACUCGGACUCGUGCAGGUCCUCCUGCAGGUCCUCCUCAGGUGACGGAGUCCAUCACCUGAACAUCGGCUGCCCCGUGGCGGACCUGUCUGCCGGGCUCAGCGUCCUGGCUUUUGUGAAAAACAACGGAAACGCGUUCAUUCUGCGCGUGAAUGAGAGCAGAGAUGGACGAAGAGUCCGAGGAAAACAGAAGUUUGUGAAGUUCAAGGAGCCGAUCGAGGCGGUGAGCUGUCAGGACGACGUGGUGACGUUCCUGUCAGAGAGAGGAUCGGUUCUCUGCGUGGACACAACCAGAACCCCUUACACACCCAGGAUGCUGGAGGUUUUUGCCAACAUCCCGGUCGCUCAGGUGUCCUGUGGGAGCCAGCAUUCAGUCGCCCUGACCAGAGACGGUCAGGUCUACACCUGGGGUCUGGACUCCAGGGGCCAGCUGGGUCUGGGGAGGAGGAACUGCGGUGCCGGUUCCCCCCAGCACCUCCAGUCUCUGUCCUCCGUCCCGGUGGUUCGGAUCGCCGCGGGAGGAGAGCGGAGCUUCGCCCUCUCCGUGUCCGGGGGCGUGUUGGGCUGGGGGAGGAACGACUGUGGACAGCUGGGACUGGGAGACACCAAAGACAGAUACACUCCAACCUGCCUUCAUAGUUUGAAUCUGAAGAAAAGUUGUGACGUUUCGUGUGGAAAGGACCACACAGCUGUUUUAACAAAGCACGGUGUAGUUUUUACCUUCGGUUCCGGUCGGCACGGCCAGCUGGGGCACAACUCGUUCCGGGACGAGCUCCGUCCUCGACUCGUCGCAGAACUCUGGGGGGCAAAGGUGGCGAAGGUUGCGUGUGGAAGAAACCACACCUUAGUUUUGACGGAUGCUAAUAAAGUUUACUCGUUUGGUUGUGGAGAUGACGGGCAGCUGGGUCAUGGAGAGGAGAGCCAUCCGUCCGUUCCACUUCCUGUUUCACUGCCUCAGGACACCGACUCCCAGAGAGUCCAGAACAUCUUUGCAGGAGAAAACUGUUCCUUUGCCACCUGCAGUUCUGAUGAGGGACCACAGGGUUCCUCCACUAAGGUGGCUCAGUACGGCCUGGAGGGCGUCGUCGAUAAGUGGGUUUCUGAGUGUGAUUCAAAGUCGUGGAAAAAGAUUCAGCAGGAAAUCCACCGAUCAUUUUCAACCGCUUCCUGUUUGAAUAAAAGCUUCUUGGAGCAAAGAGAUAAACAUUUUCAAACCUCGUCAAAGUACCACGGUCUGAACUUCAAACAGGCCCGACAGUUCUUUAAGAAACUGGUGAAGAAAAGCGCAGUUUGGGAAGAGGUCGAGGCCGCGGUUCUGCGCCUGCUGCCUCUUCUCGACAGGAACCCCGUCAGCAUGGAGGGCCUGAGGGUCUUCCUGCUGUUGAACGAGCUUCUGCACGUCCUGCAGAAACACACGGCGCAACAGAACACCAGGCUCACCGAGGCGCUGGCUGCCGCCGUGACCGGCCUGUCCGUUCAAAGCCUCCAGGUCUUAGGGAACUGGUGGUCUUCACUGUCACCUUCCACCAUGAGGAGGUUCAUCGUGAUGUGGAAGCAGGCGCUGUCUCUGAUCUUUACUUAUGAUCCUGUUCCUCGCAGCUCUGGAGUCAGAAACCUGCUUCAAGUCCUGCAGUACAUGUACAACGUGAACAGCCGGGCGUCGGCGCCUCGGAGGCUGCCUGAAAGCCUGUUUUAUUUACCCUUGUCUGAAAAUUUCCUUGAAGAUGACCUGAAAACCUGGAGUUUACGAUCACAGAACGAGAACAAGUUCCAGUUGUCUGCGUUGGAACAAGUCUUUCGGAAUAUUUUUUUAGGUUUGGGAAUUUAUAGUCUUGUAUCUGAAUUCUUGGAGCUGGACGUGAGGCGAGCGUCUGUGCUGAAAGACGCAUUUGAACAGCUGGCUGAUACUGAUCACCAAGACUACAGGAGGCAGCUCGUGGUCCGUUUUGAUGGCAAUGUUUUGCCCAGUCUUGUCUACCAAAAAGACUUUUUUCAUGAAGUCUUUCAUGAGAUGGUGUCAUUUGAAUCAGGAAUGUUCAUGUUCAACGACUCUGAGACGCUGGCCUGGUUCUCCUCCAGGCACCAGGCUGCAGACAGGGACCAGCGCUGGUACCUGUUCGGGGUUCUGUGUGGACUGGCUUUGUACAACCAGGCCAUCGUUUACUUACCCUUCCCACUGGUUCUGUUCAAGAAGCUGCUCGGAUUCAAGCCUUCUCUGGAGGAUAUGAUCGAGUUUAGCCCAAAAGUUGGCAAGAGUCUGCGGUACAUUCUGGACGACUACCCAGACGACGACCUGGUGGACCUGGACAUGGUCUUUACAAUCAGCUGGGAGGCCACAGAUGUUCAUCUUGAUACUAAGAACCCAAACAAGCAAGUUACCAACCAAAACAAAGAGGAGUUUGUGGCUGCCUACGUGAAUUACGCCUUCAACACGUCCGUGGAAACCGUGUUCGAGGAUUUCUCGCGAGGUUUCUUCCACGUGUGCGAACGAGACCUGGUGAGACUUUUCAGGCCCGAGGAGCUGCAGGAGAUACUGGUGGGCAAAGACUUCCAGGACUGGGAGAAGCUGAAGCAGAACACGAGUUACGAGGGCGAGUACCACGCCGACCACGACAACAUACGGAUGUUCUGGGAGGUGUUUGAUGAGCUGACGGAGGAUCAAAAAAAAGCUUUUCUUUGGUUUGUGACGGGAUUUGAACGAGUUCCUGUCCUCGGAUUGGACAAAAUCGAGAUUAGCAUCAGAGUCAAAUACGUCCCGGACCUCUCGUCUCCGGACCAGUAUUAUCCUGAGGCGUACACGUGUUACUCAUUCCUGGAGCUGCCGUUGUAUUCCAACAAAGAGAUCCUGCGAAGCCAACUGACCGAGGCUCUGAGCAACAACAACCAGAUCUGCAAGAGAUCCGAGUGAACUUUCACUUUUUUACACUUUAACCUUCUAACCUUAAAGCUACUGAUAAUCCUGGUGAUUAUUUAUGUAAAUAAAGAAAAAAAAAACAGAUUCUUACAAGUUUGUGAACGACUUUAUGCUCAGAUCAGGGGAUUGAUUUCAGCUGAUGAUAAUGUAGAAACUUUAAAACAAGGUUAAGCUAAUACUGUAUGUAAAAUAAGAAUUUAAUAAAACGUUUGGCACAGAGGGGAAAAGUCUAA